UAUCAUAGAAGAGACGCGUGCGAACCGACCGCAGUUGAGAAAGAAACUGGAGUUACUCGUGAAAAUCGUUGCACUAGUUAUCAGCAAGGGCAUUGUAUCGCGCCAGAGGGAAUAGCUUUAUGCGACUGCUUCCCCGGAUAUGUUGGCGAGAAGUGCGAUAUCUAUGACCCUUGCGCUCGAAACCCGUGCGGAAAAGCAUCAACGUGCAUUGCGAUUCCUGAUGAAACGGAAGUAAAAGGGGAUUUAUCAGCUCAAAAUUAUCGCUGUAUAUGCGGAAUGUCUGAAGAUCUGGAUGAUCAAAAGAGCGCAGAAACAAAAUGUAUCUAUUCUGGCGUAGGAAAUUGCUCCAAGCCAACGAAUCCAUGUAAUCGCGGAGAGUGCCUACCAUGUGAGUACGAUGAAAUUGGAGAAAUUUUGCAGCUGUGUGAUGAUAAAGAAAAACGAGACGGGUUCAGGUGUGUAUGUGAACCUGGAUUCAAGCCACCGUACUGCGAAGCUCCAGCUGACGCCUGCUUUAAUAACCUAUGUUUGAACGGAGGACAAUGCGUUGCAAAGUCGCCAUGGAAUUAUGAGUAA